AACAAUUGAUAUUUUACAUUUCAACGCGAGCAUUGUUUUUUAAGCUCACAGACAAGAGUGGGUUCACUUGGAAAUCAACUUUUCAGUAAGCAACAUGGUUGUGACUCUACUUGUUAUAGUGUACAUCAUAAUAUCACUUAUAUGCAUAGGAAGUCUGACCUUGGGGUUAUACCAAAAAAAUAUUAACCUCAUGUGCAACUCAAAAAGAAGACUAGACGGAAAGACUGCCAUUGUUACAGGAGGCACUAGUGGCAUUGGGCUGGAAAUAGCGAUAGACUUCGCCCAGAGGGGAGCUAGAGUCAUCGUAGCAUGCCCCUUCCAAGAAGAAGGCGACAAUGGGAAGAAAUUAAUUAUCAAAAGAUCUGGCAAUGAAAAUGUAAUAUUUGAGCAUCUGGACUUAUCGUCUUUCGCUUCAGUUAGAAAAUUUUCAGCAAAUAUCAUAGCGAACGAAUCCAGGUUAGAUAUUCUAGUAAAUAAUGCCGGAGUCAACAUGCCUCCACGCAUGACGGACGACAAUCUGAAUUUUAUUAUGCAAGUGAACUAUUACGGAGCAGUUUUGCUGACUUUAUUGCUCCUGCCUUUGCUGAACAAAACUGGCCGGCCGGGAGAACCCAGCAAAAUAAUUACUACGACGUCAUUCUUUCACAAAAGGGGCAGUAUUGACGUUGCAAACUGGAAUAAAUCCGACAGUAGCUGGGUAUGUUAUGCUGAUAGCAAACUGGCCAUUGUGUUGUUUACUCGUGAACUAGCCAGAAGAAUACAGCAUCGUAACAUCAUCGCGAACGUGGUGGACCCUGGAAUCGUCGGCACUCCAAUCUUACUGAAACCCGCAAUGUUUUUAGGACCAUUCGUUGUUUUUAUGGCGUCGGCUAUUUUCAAAACUCCGUGGGAAGGUGCACAGAGUGCAAUAUUUGCAGCUGUAAGCGAGGAAGCUCUUCAUCAAAAUGGAAAGUGUAUUUACAAUUGUCAAGUCAUGAUGAGCAAACUAUCACAUCAUAAUAAUGACGAUAAAUUGUGCAAACAUGUUUGGGAAACAACUAUGAAUUCGGUGGGGUUUGAAGAUUCCGUUGUUCUUGUUUCUUAAUUAACAACUCGAUAUUACGGACUGUUUUUAGAAGAACUUGCAGACAUUAAAGAUAAAUGAAUAUAAAUAUUAAUAUUAUUCAAAGGGCGUCGCGGGCACUAUUUCAAAUGCAGACUUCAUUCCUUCUCGUAAAGUAUUUCGUAUGAAUUAUAAACUAAUCCAUUAUUUAUCAAAUUUCAUCAAAAAAUAGUCGAUUUUUGCAUGAAGAACUUGAAGUAACAAACUGUGGUUUCUUUCCAACCUAUAGUAUGUAGGUAGUUGCAUACCUAAGUGUUAUACUCGGGUUCGCACUGUUUGGACAAAAUAUUAUGAAAAAUUAGUCCAAAAUUAUAAUUUAUAGUGGCCAAAAUGUAGAUCAACUUUGAAUAGGUAUUCUAUAGAUGCGAUGCACUGUGAUAAUGUUAUUGUUUAGAUACAUAAAUUUCAAUUGAAAAUGAUGAUGAGGAGUGCCGAAUAAAAGUAGGCGAUGGUGAUAAUUCGAUGGUGAGAAGUGAAAUGCAGGUAUGCAUUUCACUUCUCACCAUCGAAUCGAUUCGAAGUGAGACGCAGCGAACCAAUCAAAUUGCGCCAUUGUGACGCAACGACAACCAACCCGUGCUAACCGCUAAAGGAAAUCGAAUUCAAUGAUCGGGUGAACCUAAUUUAAAGUGCAGUGAACUAAAUUUAAGUAGUACCUAAGUAGGUACCUAACUAUCCAACCACAACUUUUCACGAGACGGCCAUUUUCAGGUUAAGAUUAGACAAUUCGCCGAUGACAGCUAAGCGAAAUUAGAGUUUUUUUACACGAUAUGGGAAAGAGAAUGGAGACAUUGUUACGUGUUACGCGUUUGUAUGUUUCGUAGUAGGUAGGCCUUCACCUAACACACGUGUAACGUACCUACUACGUCCAUCCAGUGCCACAUGCUUGCUACGCUGGCGCUUUGUUUCAUCACAUUUAAAAUUUGAAAGUUCCUACAAAGUAAAAAUAAUAAUAUCAGUCAGACUAGUCAUACAGGGUCAACAAAUGUUAUGUCAAGAUUACUGGUGUGCGUUAGACGUCAUUUGUACUCGGAAGUUCUCAAGAACAGCAGCGAUUUACCAGAUUUACAUAGUAGGUACAUACAUUUUUGUGGAAACUAAUUCUUUUAUUUUCCUUAUAUGCAAUAUUCUAUCUAACUUAUAAACAUAUUGGCCUAUGUCUGUACAUAUUGGAGUAAAAAAAAUGUAAUCCCAUCAAUCGAUUAUUACGGCUAAGCCCCGAAGUGCAUGUCAAUAUGAAUGACGGGAUCACUGUUUAUUUUGCAAAGACGAUAUCAUCUCUUUUUUUAUACUCAAUUGAUACCUUAAUUUAUAAUUCCCGCCAUCUUUACGUCAGAAUGGCGGGAUCAGUAUUAAAGUACAUUAAAUAUUGUCUAUAAUAAGCAGGUAACAAAAUUAUAAGUUAAGGUAUUGAGUAUAAAAAAGAGCUAUCGUCUAUGCAAAACAGUGAUCCCGUCAAUUUGACGUUCAUCAAAGUGCGGCUAAACCUAGCUUCACCUAGGUACGCCCACUAAAAUCUAUCUUGGAGAUCCAUUAAAGGAUCUUUUUACACUUUUAUCUAGCUUUAGCCAGCUAGAUCGAGGUGUAGCCGGUCCCCGGUCACCUAGGUGUAGCCUGCUUAUUUCGGGCUAAACCUAGAUUUAUUAUCAUUUCGGCUAGACAUAGGUGCAGCCGGUCUUCGUUGGCUGCACCUAGGUGUAUAGUUUUUAUCUCCAGCUAGAUCUAUAGGUGCAAUUAGUUUGGUAAAUUAAGAUCAUGUUAAUACUUACGUUUUUUAAAUAAUUCGGGUCUCUAAUAAUGUGAUUUAAAAUUUUGUUGUUUACAAAUAAAAUAUGUUAUAGA